UCCCUCCAAUUGUACAUGCCUGGAAUUCUGCAUUUAGUCGUGGAAGGCUGCGCCACCACACAGUCAGCGCGCUCUUUCGGUGCUCAAGGCCAACUGAAGCUAAGCAUCGCGGACAGCACGGUUUAUAGCCGAGUCCCUCGACUCUGUCGAUCGAAGCUGGUAGCGAUGACGGUUCGAGCUGAGGUCGCCAACAGCACUUCUCCUUCUUUCUUUCCCCAUCCCGAGACAGCUGUGCGGAGCAGCAGCCAGCCAGGCCGAGUCCAAGCAGCAGUCAGAGCCAAACAAGAAAUGGAGACAGCGCAGCCCUCCAGGACAUGUCGCUCAUCCGAAGCGGUUGGGAAAUCGUGCUGGAGUUUGGAUGCCAGAGUCAUGAUGCUUCUGGUGACUCUCGCCGGAGCUGUCAUCUUGUGGCUUCUCUACAGACUCUUACAAACACGACACAGGCUGAAAAUGGCGAGUGCAAGACACGCUUUGGAGUAUUGCAGCUUCUACCACGCGGCCACCUACACGUUCAAGCACCCUCCAUCAUAUGAGAAGCUGUCCAACGGCAACGUUGCGCACGCUGUUCCGCCCGUGCCAACCGUUGCCAUAGCAAUACCUGUAGCCGCCACGCCACUGCCACCCAUUCCAGUAGCCCUCCCGGCCCCGAUGGCUCCGCCCCCGGCGUCCGUCCAUCCUGAAGUAUCUUCACUCCAGGUGACGCCUCCUCUGCCCGCGACCCAAACCGCCGCGCCGAGCCCCCACCUGUCAUGGGGAGCCUGCUCAGACGUGGACGUGUACUCUCGGAUUGGCGCUUACAGGCCCUCCAGGCUCUCCAGCCUAUCCAGUCAUUCCAAGGUCAUUCUUUUCGAACACUCGUCCCUCUGACCCGAGAGCAUGAUGCUCAUCGUGAAGUCUGAUUUCUUUCUUCCUCUUCAUGUUGCUAUUUGCUUCGGGUAAUUAUAUGAGAACGUUACUUUCUCCGAAUUGCAAUGUGUUGCAAUUCUUCCGCGUUACUUUUGUGUUACCUUCCACAAAACAACU